GCGAGUUCGAGCCGCCGCCGGGCUGGGGCUGCGGCGAGGAUCCCGCGGCGGCCGGAGAGCGAGCCGGAGCCGCGCCGGGCCGGGCGGGCAGCGGGUCCCGAUGGGGGGCUAGCGGCCCGGCGGCUCCCAUGGUGAACCGAGCGCGGGCGGAGCGGCGCGAUGCCGGGGCGGGCAGCCCGGAGAACAUGUUCGAGAGCUCGCGGAGGAUGCGGAGCCUGUGGGACGGCGUGAGGCUGGAGGUGGCCGGCGAGAGCGGCAGCCCCGUGGUCCUGCACAGCUUCACCCAGCUCGACCCCGACCUGCCCCCGCUGGAGAGCUCCACGCAGGAGAUCGGAGAAGAGCUGGGAGACGGCGUGAUCUACAGCAUAUCGCUCCGGAAGGUGCAGCUCCACCACACAGCCAACAAGGGGCAGCGAUGGCUUGGGUUCGAGAACGAGUCAGCCUUGAACCUCUACGAGACGUGUAAGGUGCGGACAAUAAAAGCCGGGACCCUGGAGAAGCUGGUGGAGUAUCUGGUCUCAGCCUUCAAGGGCAAUGACUCCACCUACGUCACCAUCUUCCUGUGCACGUACCGGGCCUUCGCCACCACCAAGCAAGUGCUAGACCUGCUGCUCAACAGGUACGGCAAACUGCACGUCCAGGUGAAUGGGGACCACGCCAGACACGCUGUGGAUGAGAGACUGGAGCUGAAAAACACCAUCUCCUCCAUCCUGGGUGCCUGGCUGGACCAGUACUCUGAAGACUUUCGCAAGCCCCCAGACUUCGCCUGCCUCAAGCAGCUCAUCUCCUAUGUGCGCCACAACAUCCCCGGCUCGGACCUGGAGCGGAGAGCGCGGAUCUUGCUGGCCCAGUUCCAGCAGCCGGAGCACAGCGAGACAGAGCCAGACGCUGUGGACCAGACCAGCUGCACCUUCCGGAUAGUGGAGGAGAACGGACUGGGGGAGGAGAAGCCAGACUUCCUCGCCUUCUCCCAGGAGAUGGUGGCCGAGCAGUUCACGCUGAUGGAUGCUGAGCUGUUUAAGAAAGUGGUGCCUUACCACUGCCUGGGCUGCAUCUGGUCCCAGCGGGACAAGAAGGGCAAAGAGCACCUGGCCCCCACCAUCCGCGCCACCGUCUCCCAGUUCAACAGCGUCACCAACUGCGUCAUCGCAACGUGCCUUGGGGACCGCUCCCUCAAACCGCAGCAGAGGGCCAAAGUGGUGGAGCGGUGGAUUGAAGUGGCUCGGGAGUGUCGCAUCCUGAAGAAUUUCUCCUCUCUCCGAGCCAUCCUCUCCGCCCUGCAGUGUAACGCGGUUCACAGGCUGAAGAAGACCUGGGACGAGGUGUCACGGGAGAGCUUCCGCACUUUCCACGAGCUGUCGGAAAUCUUCUCGGAUGAGAACAACCACUCGCUGAGCCGGGAGCUUCUCAUUAAGGAGGGGACGUCCAAAUUCGCCACCCUGGAGAUCAACCCAAAGAGGGCCCAGAAACGGCAGCAGCAGCAGCGGGAGAUGGGCGUGAUGCAGGGCACCAUUCCCUACCUGGGCACCUUCCUCACAGACCUAGUGAUGCUGGAUACCGCCAUGAAAGACUUCCUGGAUGGCGGGCUGAUCAACUUCGAGAAGAGAAGGAAGGAGUUUGAAGUCAUCGCCCAGAUCAAGCUGCUCCAGUCGGCCUGCAACAACUACAGCUUCACGCAGGAGGACCGCUUCGUGGAGUGGUUCCACGGCGUGGAGCGGCUGAGCGAGGCUGAGAGCUAUAGCCUCUCGUGUGAGAUCGAGCCCCUGUCCGAGUCGGCCAGCAACACGCUGAAGGCCAAGAAAAACACAGGCAUCAUCAAGCGAUGGAGCGACCGGCAGGUGCCGAGCGCUGAGCCCUGUGCCAGCGGCAGCUCCCAUUCCAAAUCCUUCGACCAGCUCAAGUGCGGGCAGUACCUGUGCAGCGGGGACACGGCCGACUCGGUCAGCGUCACCUCCGCUGGCUCCAGCAGCUCCGACGUGGAGGAGAUCAACAUCAGCUUCAACCCCGAGUCCCCCGACUGCCAGGAGAAGAAGUUCUGGGAAUGCACCUCGCUCUCUUCCCUGGACACGUCGGGGAUCGGCUCUGGCUCCAGCAGUGCCUCCUCCUCCUCGGUCUCCUCCACCCCGGUGACGGCCUCGCGCACCCACAAGCGCUCCGUCUCGGGCAUCUCCAGCUAUUCCUCCCUCUCCCUCCCCCUCUACAACCAGCAGAUCGACGACUGCUGCAUCAUCCGGGUCAGCCUGGCCGUGGACAACGGCAACAUGUACAAAAGCAUCCUGGUGACAAGCCAGGAUAAGACCCCUGUGGUGAUUCGCAAGGCUAUGGCCAAACACAACCUGGAUGGGGACCGGCCGGAAGACUACGAGCUCGUUCAGAUCAUCUCCGAGGAAAGAGAGCUGAAGAUCCCUGACAACGCCAACGUCUUCUACGCCAUGAACUCUGCUGCCAACUAUGACUUUGUGCUAAAGAAGAGGGGCUUCUCCAAGGGCGUGAAGAUCAAGCAUGGCUCCAGCUCCACCUUGCCCAGGAUGAAGCAGAAGGGCCUGAAGAUUGCCAAGGGCAUCUUCUAGCCAUGGCCUGGCCGUGCCCCUUGCUGACUGGGCUUUGCGGGCAGCCUGCUCUAGGCCUGGCUGCUGGUCUGUCUUAACGUCACCCAGCCUGGGUGAGGGGAGCAAGUCUCGCCCGCGAGGAAGGGUGACACGCUCUCCUGGAGCUGAAUGCACGGGUGUGGCUGUGGCCUCUCGGUCGAAGCCUGCGUUCCGAUCCGGUGUCUCUCCUACACGCAGGAGGGUUUUUAACGCCUUCCAACGUGCGAUGCCGCUGUGGCCAUCGGGUUGCCCAGAGCUGGGACCUGCCUCUCUGCCUUAGGUGCCUUCUGUUAGAGCGGAGAAGAGGACGACUCACCAAGGGCUCCCUUCACCUCCCGCAGGAGCGGCCACGCGCAGGGAGUUAAGGGACUCGCUGGAGCGACAGAGCUGCGCUAUCAGCUCUCCAACGGGGUGUAUCCCCUCCUGUGCUGAGUCGGGCCCUGCAGCCACUUUACCUCCUGUUCCCUCGUUCCCCUUGUGGGUAAACUGGCAGCAUGACCAUUUUGCAUCGUCCACCUGCCCCUGGGGAGCUGCACUUUGCCUCUGGACCGUUCCCCUAGGGGAGUUAAACUGGAAAACACGCAGCUGCUGCUCCCUGGGAUGUAUAAUCCCAUCAGUGGAGCAGUCUUGGUGUGAUGACCUGGCCAGUGGUUUUGGCGGCUUUGUUUUUUCUUUCUACUGAUCCUCUGGAUCCUCCGGGUUGGACUCCUGUGUCCCCUCAGUGCUCCAUCACUUUCAAACCUGCACCAAAGAUCAAAUGCCAGUGUCUCUUCGUGGGCAAAAAAUACCCAGCCGGAACUGCCAUCUGAGCCAGGAGGGGAGGAACCAAUUUCUGUACAAACGUCUGUAAAUAGAGACUUUCUUUUUGGUUGGGUGGGAGAGGAGCAGCCGUGUGGGGCUGACUGCCCCCGGCUCCAUCCACCCAGCCCCCAGAAAGUGCCACUUAUCUUGGGCUUUAAAAAGACUUUUUUAAACAUUUGACAGUGAAGGGGAGGGGGAGGGGAGAGAGCAAACUUUUGUAAAAACAAACCCCUGAUGUUUACUGAAUUUUUUCAAUAUUUAUUGGUUGUAAAUAGGACCAUCAAACUUGUACAUUUUUACUAACCCCUCCCCACCCCCCGCUUGUCUUUAAAGUUGCUGGGAGCCAUCUUUGUAAUGGCUGCGUCCUGUUGUGUGCAGGGGUGGACAUUUUUCCACAUCCCUUUUGUUUCUUGAUCACUAACAGGGCAUUGCUUCAGCAGGGGAAGAGAAAAAGCCGAGUUUUUAAAUCACUGAACAAAACACUCCCAAUGGGGGCUCUUUGUUGCUCAAGCCCUUUCCUGUUUAUGCACCUGCCCCUGCCCAUUGUAGCAAUGCUGGUGUAUCCCACCCUGCCAGCUCUGGGAGCAGACAGGCCCUUUCCUGAGCAAGCCUGGAGCAGCGCUAGCCCCUGGGAGCUCCGGCUCUUAGGAGCCAGUUCUGUAGAACGCUGGUGGAAGUUGCCCCCUGAAAUGCAGGUGCUGUGACUUGAGCCGCGCCGGGAGGAAAGCUAAGACACAGGGCUGUAGAGGGGGAGCAAAGCAGGGGUAGUGUCAAGCUGCAGGGAGAAAGGGGAAGGAUGCUCCUAUCAUAGCACGACUAUCCAACGCCUGUUGACCUUUCACAGGACCUGCCUGCUCUCUCCUGCCCUGCCAGGAGAGACUGUUGGAUGUCUUGAGCUGCUGCUUCUGAGCUGGGUGGUAACUCCUAGCAGGGGCUUUGCCCAAGAAGGGUCUAGGGCCUGUCACGCUGCUGCUUUGGGGUCUGGCCUGGGCACUUUGUAAAGGGUGUUUGUUCAUGCAUCUGCAUGGGCCUAAGUUCCAGGAAGUGACCUCUCUGCUCAAACAGCUGCUGGAUGCUUCCACCCCCCCGCCCCCUUUGCUCCUGCACAUGAAGGGAGCCAUGGCCUCCUUGAAGCAGGAGCCUCUCCUCUCUCCAUGGCUUUCUACAGCACCUGAGCUGCUCCUGCUACCACCUGUCUGUGGCCCCUUUGCCAGGCAUAGCACUUAACAAGCUGGACCUCCUCUGCUGGAGGCUGAAGGAGCGACUGCACGGCUGUGCUGCAAACCGAACCCCUCCAGCCUGUCCCCUCCUUACCGGAGGAGUAUUGUAGUACCACAGGAGCCUGCGCCGUGCUGCCCUGUUGGCUGGGAAGAAGAGAUCCUUCGCCUCCAGGCAAGGACUCUCUGCAGAUCAGCCAGCCUGCAAGUCUAGGGCGUUCCCUUACCCUACACUACGCUGUGGCAGAAAGUGCCUAAAUGCUACCAUCUUGUGGGGGCGCCCUGGCUCCAGAGGAUCCUACAGGGUGAACCGUCACUGUGAAAUAUUCCCCUUACCUCCCGAGGAGAAUGUGAAUUUGAACACACGCAUGCACACAAAUUGACCCCACCCCCACUUCCCUCUCCAUUGUACAGCUGCUAAGCUUAUGUACUGCUCUGUGCCUGAACACACGUGCCCACUGCUGAAAUCAAAGGCAGGGCAGGGUCGACUUACCUGUCUUUCCAGGUGGGCUCCGCACGCCCCCGUCGCUGGAUGUAUUAUAUGUAUGUAUUUUGUAACACGACUUCAAUGAAGGAGCACACAGCAAUGUAAUUAGUCUUUGGAAUAAAAUACCAAUGUGCAAAUGUCA